UUCGCUCUCCUCAGCCCUCGGCUCUCCAUCACGACCUCCCCUCUCCGUACACGGCGCUCCCGUUCUCCAGGCCUUCGGCCCCUUCCUCACUCGCUCCGGGGCCUCCUUUAGGCCCGCCCUCCCUAAGGCCCAGGCGCGUCUUCCGGCCCGGCCGGCGGGUCACCCGUGAUUCCGCCGCCUGAACUUUUGUCUACGGCCAGCCAUUGUCUGCGCGCUUCCCGCACGUGGAGGCCUGUUUCGUCGGCUUACAAGAUUCGCCGCCUUCUGUGUUCCAAGGAUUAUACUGUUUUGUUUUGUUUUACGGGAGGUCUGUCUCGGCUCUUCCGUUCUGUCCCGAAACCUCCGCUCCUUUGUAGCAGGACGGCUGGGUUUUAAUGGCACCGCUUUUGCGGGCUUUUUUCGGCGUAUGUCCUUUUAAUUGGAGUCAUGUCCUUUUGUGGCGAGUUGUAUCCUGUGUAAUGUGACUAUAAAGAGUGUAUUGUCCACAGGAUGGUGUUGGUAUGCAGAAUUUGCUUUCCACACUUUCCACCCCCAGAAAAAUAGUACGUCAGGUCACGUGCUAUUCCAGCUAUUCCUACCUGUAGGUCAAACUACCAAAUUUGGCUUUUGCUAAUUCUGUACAGAUAGUGUUUUCUAAACUUCACACCCGGUGUUGAAAGGACUAGGAUAGUUCUUGUGUCUUAACAAAGGAUCUGUGUUUGGAUUACUUUCAGUUUUUAUAUUUCCAAAUUGAGCACUAGUGUGAUGCUCAAGAGUUCCACCCCAGCUCUGCUCCAUGCCUCACCCACUCUGUGAUCUGUACCAUCUUGUAUCUGUCACCUUGACAAAGACUGAGGAAAGAGGCUUUUCCAAGGCUAGAUCCAUAAACACAAUCCAUGUGUUGCUGUGAAUUUCCUUAUGGGAACUAAUGCUAAGAGAGAAGGAUUUAGUAAAGGAGUUUGGUUGUCCAGUAUGACGCUGAAAAUGACUCUUGUGUUCACAACAGUUGAAUAGUCAUACUUCUCAAGGACUGUGUUCUGGAAAACUGAAUACAACUGAGAAGCUGUGAAUGUGCAGAUUGUUCAAUCUAUUUGUAAGCUACCCUUAAGUAACAGGACCAUUAGGGUGGUGUACAGCAACAGAUAAAUAAAAAACUGUAAACACCUAAGAAGGAUUCAAGGUGCAAAGGUCUCCUGCAAUAAACAGGUUGCACCAGGCACCUGAAAUUCAGUAGGGUUGGUGCCUUCUUGUGUGGAGGAGGCAUUCCAUGGAAUAGGGUCCACAACACUGAAGGCACAACUCCUUAUUGACAUGAGUCAUGUUUCUGGUUCAUGAGGAACCACUCUCCUCCCUAAAGGCAGCUCUGAUUUGGAUUCUGGGCAAAUCGUGUGCACAUGACGGUAUAAACAAGGAAAUGAAGGAAAAGUGGUUUCUAAAUACAGUCAUACCUUGGGUUACAGCCGCUUCAGGUUGCAUCUUUUCGGGUUGUGCUCCGCACCGAACCUGGAAGUACCGGAACGGGUUACUUCCGGGUUUCAGCACAUGCGCAGAAGUGCUAAAUUGCACUUUGCGCAUGCACAGCAGUGCCGAAUCGCAACCCGCGCAGACACAGGUUGUGAAUGCUGCAGGUUGCGAAUGUGCCUCCCGCACAGAUCACAUUCACAACCCGAGUGUCCAUUGUAUUGUUCCACUGUAUUUCGUCAGCUAGAAGCAAAGAUUCAUUGAGUCCCUUGAAUUGUGAUGGGAGCUUCUAUUGCUUCCAUGAAACCUAAAAGUAUCUGCAAAAAGCAUGGGUCUAAUAUAAUUACAGUGGUACCUCUAGUUGUGGACACGAUCCAUUCCGGGGGUGCCAUUUGCACCCCAAAAAGUCCAUAAAAAGAGUGGCACUUCUGCGCAAGCGCGGAGCGCAAUAAACCACUUCUGCGCAUGUGCGGAGCGCGCAGAAUGCUUCUGCGCACACGGCGAAAACUGGAAGUUUGCCACGUUCGCAAACCAAAAAGACGCAACAUGAACCUAACGCAACACAAGGUACAGUAGUCUGCAGAGGGCUUUCCUAAGUAAUUCUUUGAGAUUGAAAAACAAAACAACAACCUCUCCUUAUAUUUUAUUGUUUUUAAUAUUGGAGUAGAGAAGAAUUCUGUGUAGCCUGAAAGCUUUCAUAUCAUGUUAAGCUUGUUUGGUCCUAAUCAGAGUAUUUUUGGUAACUAGUUAUAUUAUAAUGAUAGGUUUAGAUGAAAAAGGGGUAGAUUACAUAGAGAGUAAUGUCAGUGCUGCAGCUCUUCUGGGAGAUGUCCUACGGUAUUGUGUGCUUCCAAACAUGGAAAGUUUGGCAGCACCCAGGUAUUGCUGUUCUGAUUGAAUCUAUAAAUGUAAAAACAAACUUGCUUUCAGGCUUCUGAAAACAAGGUAACAUUCUGUAACCAAGUGGGCAGUUCUUUACCAGCCCCAAUUGAUCUACCGUAAUUGAAUCCUGACAUUCUUCACCCCUUGUGGGCCACUUUGAGAGGUAGGUGGGGCUCUCAGUCACCAUAGGUGAAAGUUUUCAUUUGCAGUCCAGUUUGAAAUCAAAACAUAUGGGCAAAGGCAGAAAGCUUUGGAAGCGUUGCCAAUUAGUGCUUGCCAGUGCAGUAAUCCCUAUUUCAUUAACCCAUGUGGCUUGAAAUCAACUAUAGCUUGGUAGUACUUGCAAAUCUUACUUUGGGCAAAAAACAUAGUUUACCUGCCUCACACCAUAUGUACCGGUAAUAUAUGGCAUAAGGUAUAGGGCAGGGACAUAAGGUGGGCAUCUCUUGGAGGAAAUGGCCUCAUGGGCCAAAUUAGGACACACUGGAGAUUUUGCACUUAUGCUUUACAGCAUCAGAUUAAAAAAAAUCCAGUCAACAUUUCCUGAAUAUAACCAUAUCACCACUCCUGAUGAUGAUUGCUCCCCAACAUCAGGGGGCUGGGAUUGAUAUAAAGAUAAUGCUAUUUGGAAAGAGAAGGGUUAAAGUGAUGGAGUUGAUUCUUAGUAAGGAGAAAUGAACCCUGGCAAAGGAAAUAACUGGAGCAGUCUCUACAGCCCAUAACAAGCAUCCAAACCUACUGGACUGCUGCUAGAUAGGCCAGUUCCUUGAUAGGCUAUCUACACAUGGGGAAAUUAUGCAGUAUCAUUGUGUUUUUUAAAAAGUCAAGUUUUACAGAGCCCCCCAAAUGCAACCCAGUAACUGAACAGGGAUAACAUGGUGGAUGUUUGGUUUACAACAUUGGUGAGAUGUCCUGUAAAAAGUGAGGGAACAAACCAUACAAAAGAGACUACCUUAUAACUUGAUUACUGCCAAGGUAAUCUGGCAUUAUUUAGGAAGCCUGCUGUGGACCAGCUGGAAUUUCCAACCAAGGCAAGUUACAUAAAUAUUCUGUUAUUGAUAAGGCUGCACUAAGUCAUUAGUGAUUAAGUAUUUUGCCUCUGCAACUGUUUUCAAACAGACUUCCCUCAGUAUUUUGUAAUGCCUUUUCCCCCUUUCCAGAUGUCGGAAGACCUUGCAAAACAGUUAGCUAGCUAUAAAGCUCAACUCCAACAAGUUGAAGCUGCCUUGACGGGAAAUGGAGAAAAUGAAGAUUUACUAAAACUCAAAAAAGACUUACAGGAAGUUAUAGAAUUAACCAAAGACCUUCUUUCAACACAACCUUCAGAAACACUUGCAAGUUCUGACAGUUCUGCUUCUGCUCCUCCAAGUCACACAUGGAACGUUGGAGACAGAUGUAUGGCAAUAUGGAGUGAAGAUGGACAGUGUUAUGAAGCUGAAAUUGAAGAGAUAGAUGAAGAGAAUGGCACAGCUGCAGUCACCUUUUCGGGAUAUGGCAAUGCUGAAGUCACACCCCUGCUCAAUCUGAAACCUGUGGAAGAGGGAAGGAAAGCAAAGGAAGACAGUGGCAACAAACCCAUGUCCAAAAAAGAAAUGAUUGCUCAGCAACGAGAAUAUAAAAAGAAGAAAGCUUUGAAAAAGGCCCAGCGAAUCAAAGAACUAGAGCAAGAGCGAGAGGACCAGAAAGUCAAAUGGCAGCAGUUCAACAACAGAGCUUAUUCAAAAAACAAAAAAGGCCAGGUAAAGCGAAGCAUCUUUGCUUCUCCUGAGAGCGUAACAGGGAAGGUUGGAGUUGGAACAUGUGGAAUUGCAGACAAGCCUAUGACACAGUACCAAGAUACAUCCAAGUACAAUGUCAGACAUUUGAUGCCCCAGUAAUUGAGGGAGAAAAUGACUUAACAUCACUUCUGCAGGGCUUUACAUUUACCUUUUUAUUGUUCUAUUUUUCUAAAAGUAAACUAUUGGCGCAUAGUGAACAUGGUUGUUGACAUCAGUUGGCUUAUGCUGGUACAAGCCUUAAGCAAGGUAAUAGCUGUUCAGAUGACCCCUUUGCUCUUAAAAGAUGUAAAUUGCAUAAAAGUGUACAAGUCAGACUGUUGAAGAAAUGCCCUUUGCAGUAUCCUGAAGUGUCUGAUUUCUCAAGUGUCCAUCCCUGUAGCAUUAGUUGGGAAUGACAUCAAACAAAUGGUUGUGAAAUAAAAUAGUUAUCCCAGCUUUCUUGCUCCCUCUUAUGUGCUUACAGGCCUGCCAUCUUAUUGCAGGAUAGCUGUUAAGCACUGUAACUCCUGCAGAACUAGUACAAUUAUGACGACUUUCUCUGGAUUUUAUUCUAUUUUGAAAGUCAAUUGUUAGUUGAUCACAAUAUGCAUCUGCUUCCUUGGCUUGUAAUGAAUCUGGGCCAUCUAAUCUCCAGUUAAUGAUUCAUAAUCCAGAAACAGUGCAGUUCAAAUUUUAAGAUUACAGGUUGAAUGCAUUGUGCUGGAAGUGUUGACAAAAGCCAUCUUCAUGAGCAAAUGAGGGUUUCCACAAAGCUUGACUGGUCUUGGUAAGCAAAAUUUGUGCUCAUGAUUGACUCACCUGAGGAGGGGUUUGACCUUUGACAUAAAGUCUGAGAUGCUCUGAAACCUUAGUGUGACUUCAGGGGCAUGUCCCUGUCAUUUUUCCCUAGCCCAGGCUGGAUAGUGGCGGAACCAGGGGCUUGUCUCUGUCACAGUGAGCCUCCGAAAGUCCCUGAAAAGCAGGAAGAUACACUGCUGUUUUCCCACUUUCCAAAAUCUCUGCAGUGUUGGGAGGGUGGUGGAGGGAACUCCCAGAUCUUGCACUGAGUUUCGAAAGCAGCAGGACGUCUUGCUUCUCUCCAAGGCUCAUCCUAAAUUGAUGUAGAUUUCUCUUCCCCUCUCUGGAGUAUGGAGAAAAGCUAGGGGAAUCUCUGAAUUCAGCACAAGAGGUGAUAUCCAACUCAUACUUGGAGCAAACCCACUGAAAUCAAGUUACCCAAAUCAGGGAGUCUGCUUUAACUCAGUUGGGUAUUAUCAAAAGUCUUGAAGAUUCCACCAUCUUCUCCAAGCUCAGGAAGGUGAAGUUUCUCACCAGAAAAAAAGCACUUGCUAGAGCCAAGCAGGUAAGCACAUUUAUUGUCAGGAGCAGAACAUUUUGAUUUAUAGGUCUUGAGGACCUACCUAUAGGCUUCGUAAGAUGUAUUCAGUCACUUUGCAGGUUUGAUUAUCACUUUUAAGUGUUCAAAGAGUCAAAUGUUACAUAUAGAAAUAGUUAUUCCUCUUGAGAAUUACUCAGUGUGUUUAUGUUGAUAAAUAAUAUGGCAAGUCACCUGCAUUGUGCUGAAUUCCCCCCCCCCCCGUGCUUAUCCAGCUGUUUUAAACGCAACAGGAGGUUCCUCUUACAAGGUUUAACUUGCGUUAGUAUUGCUGGCCCUCCUUGAUUUUAUUUGGGAAACCAUGUGUAAAAGUCCAGGCCUAUUUGUAUCUUGUGGAUGCAAUUGCUUCCCUUUGCCAUAUGUAUUGCUUAGGGUUAUAGUCUCUCUCAAUCUUGAAAUGUGUCUGACACAAAAAGUUAACGUAUAGCCCUGUAUACAGUGUAGAUAAUUAUUUUUGUAAAAUAUGGUGUUAAGUUAAUGAACAAGACUGGAUUUAGUUAUUUCUCGUACAAGAGUAAUUCUUGCUCAUUAAUCUGAACUCCAUUCCCCAUGUAUAUUAUGUUGCUGUAGUUCCCUUUUGUAAUGUUUUCUGAAUUAAAUAAGAUCAGGAACCAUCAGCAUUUGUUGAUGCACUGAUUAGUGUAAAUGUCUGUCAGUUUACUUGAGCCUAAAAUCCAUAUCUAGUAGCUUAGAAUCCAUCCAUAGAGAGGGGUUCUUCUUGUUAACAAAAGAGGAGGUAAUUUUUAUGACUGUGUUAAUUUCAGUUUUGUAUGUUUAACUUUUAUUAAAAUAAAGUAUUCAAAACCUCUUGGCUUUGUUCCGAAGAAUCUAAAAAUGUGAAAAAUAAAUAAAUCUGGUAUGAAGUUACGUAAUAUGGUCAAAAUUGUAGGAGUUACAACACUUCUGAAAUAACACUUGUGAAGUCCACAGACUACUAAGGUUCUUUUUUUCCUUCUAAAGAGAUGUUCCUUGGUCAAAUUGGACUAUAGAGGUAUCUUAAUUUUUAUCUAGCAGUACUGCGGCUUAUGCAAUUGGUGACAAUUUACCUGUUAGGAAGACAUGCAUAUUGAGGCAGGAUCUUCAGUUGUCCUUGAAGCUGAUCAUUCAAAUUCUGAAUGUCGGGGUCCUGAGAUUAGAAACUGCCAGGAUUAAUAUCUUGAUUCUGUUGUUUGUUGUGACUGAAUAGCUAACUUUCCUAUGGGAAAGCAUUUAACUUCCUUUCAAAGCAGGUAAAGAUGAAGGCCAGUGCAACAGAGCCUACUGUUAUUUAUACUUACUGUAGGAGAUUUGUGCACUUGUAUGGAAAACUGGGCUGCAAUUUUCAGUAGACUAGGUAAGCCUCUAAUCUACGUAGAUGGAGCUAUGCUGUUGCAGCAGUUUGACAACUGAACUAGUAUUAAUUUUUUUUCAUUAGCGAUAUGGGAAGAGAAAAGGGCAACAAAUCUUACUAGAAAUAAAAUUUCAUAAAAUUUAUUUGUAUAUUUUAAACAAGUUUAUAUAGAUGCCCACAAACAAAAGAAUGUUUACAAUGAUGGAAAAUGUAACAUCUUUGUCAGCACCACCCCUGCACCAUUAUAGAUAAUGCUGCUUCAGUAUUGUUUUGACGAUUGGCGCUGUUCAAUCUAAGCACCAAUCAUGGAUUGGUUGGGGGGUUUUAUCAGUCAGUUCCUCAAGUAGCAGUUGGCUACAGCACCAUUAGAGUAACUGCACCAAAGUUCAGGAAACCUCAGAGGAAGCAAAAGUAGUGAAAACAGAAAUCUUAAAAAUAAACUUGCACAUAAAAAUAUUUGUCAAGAGGAUACAUAUCUGUUUAAACACGGAAUUGCAUUCCUAGACCAGUGCAGUAUCAUUAUAUAGAAACAUAGCACUGUACAUUUCCCCCCUUUAAUACACAAAUUACAAAGGAAACCCAUAAUUCAGUAGAGGUUGAAACAGAUUUGCUGGUAUUUUUUUUAACAGCUGGGAAAAAUUAUAAUGGCACAAACCUAAUUUGUGCAUCAGACACUAGUUAAUGUGAUUGAAGAUAAAAUGUACUUACUGAGUUUAAAGACCUGUAUUGUAGUCAUUUUACAUUAGAAUAUAAUAGUUGCAAACAUAAAUCCUAUGCAAGAUUACACUGCAGUAACUCUUUUCUUUUAAAAUAGCAAAGUAAUAGUUAGAAGCUGCAGAAGACUAAGUUUAGGAAAACAUUUUGAGAUUUGCAAAUGUGCUAGAAUUACAAUUUCCUUUGCAUUCUGUGAUGGCUAGGCUUGAAGAUCAGUAGCAGGAUUGUUUAUAUACCGCAAGAAUGUGACAGUUUAAAAUCCAAGAGCUACGUAGCACAACAGUGAUUGAUGAAAAAAUGCACUUUUUUCUUAUGCUAGCUGUUGUGAUUUUAAAACAAUUUAAUAUAUGUGCCAUGUCAAUAGGUGCUGAAUAGGGACAUCAGCCUAUUCCAACAAGAGCACUAUCAAAAAUAUCUCCAGAGAAGCACGUUUUCUCUGUGGAGGAGCCCUAUCAUUACUUAUUUGGGUUGAAUUUGAAUCAUGUUUUUAUAGUGGUUAAGGCAUUUUAUGCAUAUAAAGGGUUAGCUUGUCUUCAUUUGGCAUGUUCUUCAUUCAAAAAAGGGAUUACUCUGUUCUGGCAAUUUGCAACAACCAAUGAGCUGCUUUGCAAGAAACAUCUGCCUGAUUACACCCCCUAGUUACUACCAAUUGUGCAUCAUGUUGCACAACCUGGUUGGUCCCUCCCUUAGGGGUCAGCUAUAGGGAAGGGUAUAUAACUGGCACUCAGCUUCCUGACAUGCAAUAUUUCGUUGUGUUGGAGCACCUGCUAAGUUGCCUAGCUCCUGUAAAAUUUAUAGCAGGACUUGCUGAUAUUUUUCUAUCUAGCAAAUGUCUGAAUUGAAAUGUGUCUUCCACAUUGGAUUCAGUAAUUGAUAUUACUGUUCAGCUCUUCAAAUCCUACAUAGCCUUGUAGAUUUCAUUGUUUUUUUUUUGUUUGUGACAAGUUAAAUCUUGCAGAGCAUUAGGAGCAUUAAUGCCGCUACACUUACUUGACUGAAGAUUUUAGCCACAGUAUAAUAGAGAGUUUGGCAUGCUUGAGCCCACUGUAAUCAAAUGACCAGCAUGUUGAACUCUUUGUGUGUGACUUGGUCCCUGUUGCUUUUGUAACAGAAAGUAAGGAUAGCUGUGUAUUUGAGAAACUGUACAAUACUACUGUAGCUUGCAAUUGGGGGUGGGUGAGGAAGAUAGCCUUUUCAGGUAAGUAACUUUGCUUAAAUAUCUAUCUUAAAUGUACAGAAAAUAGGAAAGGAGCUGAAGGUUGAUUUACACGCAGAAGUUUCAGAAUAGUAGCUACUGGAAAAUCCUGCCGUUUUCCUUAGAAGCUUGUCUUAUACCCCCACGGCCACAUGCAGCAUUCAGCUUUUGGCAUGCCACAGUAACCAUUGUUUCUUGAACUCCUGAUGCUGGAUCCUUUGCCUAGUAAUGAGUUGAAGGUUAGUCCAGUGUAGAACGUUUGUGCAUUCUCUCCCCCCCCCCCCCCGCGCAGCUAUUUUGUGUACAGUGAUCAUCUGAGUUGGCCCUGAGCUUUAAUCUAGUCCUGUUAUAGUCAUAGAAGCAGGUUCCUUCUGUAUGCAGUGGUUGUUAAUAGAGUAAUAUACUAAAACCAGGAUCAAAUUGUGCUACAAGGAGUCAAGAGGGGCAGGGGCAAACUACAUAAAUGCUAGUGGUAUCUGAAGUAUGAGGAUGUAGAUAUUCAUAGCUAUUUUAGUAGCAUUUACACCCAAAUUUCCUCUGUUUUUCUUAAAGGGAUCUUUUA